AUGGAUACGCUAAGGAACAUUCGCUUGCUAUUUUACGUUUGGGUUGCUCUUCUACUUCACGAAUUUACUGCAGAGACAUUCAUUGACGAGGAAGCCUCAUUUCUCCAAUGUAAAAAGUGGGACAUGUCCGUAAAUCGAGCGCUAAGAUUUCGGUUUAAGACUUUUCUGUCCAACGCGCUUCUUCUGUACAUGGAUGACCAAGGAAAGACAAAUUUUUUGCGCGUUGAAUUGAGCUAUGGAAAGCUCUUGUUAACCGUUAAACACGGACCGAGAUUUAAAGCAAUGUCGGUGGACGUCGGGGAAAAUUUGAACGAUUUACUGUGGCAUCAAGUGCUGUUAGAGAGAAGCAAAGGGAAGAUGACAGUCACACUGGAUCGCAGUGAGAGCAGCUUUAUUAGCAGUCGCGAAAAGACAAGCUUUACGAUUAUAAGCCCGAUAUAUUUUGGCGGACUGCCGCCCGGACUGAACAGCGUAACUGAGCCAUCGGUUAAACUUUUGAACAGAUUUGUAGGAUGUGUUAUGUAUAUGGAGAUGCUUGAGGACACGGCUGGGCAAGAGAAAAUAACCAAGGUGGUCGUGGAGAACUCGAACAAAGUAGCUGCCGGAUGCACUAACAUGUGCCAUGAAAAUAACAGAUGCCAAAACAACGGCAGAUGUUUGAACAAAUUCACCGCAACUGCUUGCGAUUGCACGGCUACAGGAUUCAGAGGGAGAACUUGCGAUGAAGGUAUCUAGUCUCAAUCCCUAAUCUACACAAUAUUUAUCAAUACAAUAAGACAAUAGGCACCCAAUUACAAACAUACUACAGCCUCGUCAAGUUCGUCGAUAAGACGAACCAAAUAACAAAGUCCACGAUAUAACGAAAGAUUUUCUUUACCCCAGUAAUAGUAAAAUAUAUCAAAAUUAACCUCGAUAUAACGCUAGCGAACAUACGCAUUUUGCCAGUCCCUUGGCCGUAACGUUAUAUCGAGGUUUCACUCGCCUUCAGCAGUAACAAGAAACCCCUGGGAUAACAACUGCGAACAGUGUUGCGUUUCCUUCGGUUGUUUCUUAGGGCUGUCCUGCUUUGUGAUUUAGCUUAAGAAUACAGCCACCUUUCAUCGCUUCCCGUCUUUAACUAUUCGUCAUGGUUAAAUCACAAAAUAAGAAUCAAUUAUCACUUUCCAGUUUCAUUAGUCGAUGGUUUUCAACGUUAACUGAAGCGUUCGUAUGCAUUGAACUUAAACGUACUAAUUAUCUCAACUGAACGAUCUAUAGUCGAUCUACGGAAGAAACAUUAUGAUGUACUAUGGUUGCGCCCAGAUCGCGUUUCAGUAUUAUUUCAUAAGCUAUAACUGCAUGUAAAGACUCUUGCAUAACCACUAAAUAACCUCGACAUUUUUAAAAGGGAGAAUUUUCACUUCGACCGUAUUUCCGGAACAACUCCUUCAGCCAUUAAUCGUGGCGCAUGACGCGACGAUACAAUUCAGAUGCAUGAAGCUUUGACAUUGCUACUUAGCAAUGACAGCUUUAAUUUUGGACAAAGUAAAAAAAUUAUAAAAGAAAAACUGAAAGAUAAAAACUGACAAAUAUUAUAACAUGUGUGACGAGAGAAUAGUGACUUGUGAUGUUUAUUCGACCUCACAAGCUGCGAAUUAUCAGUGCAAAGUUCGAUUUUCGGAUGUUCACCGUUAACUUACCAACCAGAUUAUAUCUUUUUGAGAUGGGAAAUUCAGUUUACUUCCUCACUAGAUACAUUCUAGUAUGAUAGAGAGCUGGCCGGAAGCCAUGAUAAUACAAAUUAAUUUGUUUCCACGCUACAAUAGAAACAGACGAUUAGAAAAUCACGCCACCCUAAUAGCUUCCACGUGUUAUUUUGAUACCUCUAAAAAAUUCAUCACUUCAACACAGAGUCGUUCAUAAGCCCCCCAAAAUUUGAUUAUCUGUUUUACAUUGCUAAGUCAAACCCUCAACGUUGUGCAGUUGAUUUUUAAAAGUACUACCGUAAGAUAAAACGCUGAAACUUCUGAAAACGGUAGUAACAAGUCAAGAGUCAAGAGAAGAUCGAGUAAAUGCGGUAAAACUAAAAGGAUGCUUGAUGAAAACUCUCACGGUCAUCUUGUCUCAUUUAUUUGUUUUUCUUUUUUUUUAACACUAAGACAGACAGCCCUGGCAGCUUCAAGACAAGUCGUGGCUUUGUUAGGCUUAGUUCAACAACGUAAAUCCAGCGGAGUUUGUCCCAAGCGAACUCCAGUUGAAAAAAGUCAGUGGAAGCAGGGUUGUAAAGAGUCUACACAUAAACCACGGUCACAUAAAAAUACUCUAGAAAAAAUGCACUGUAUGUAUCGAUCAGCAGGAAGCGAUAUUAGGCGAUAUUGAGUUAUCCUUUCAGCGCAGUCUAUGCUUCACUAUUCAAACGUAUUUGUCUGUCUUUUUGAAACUCAAUUUACCGAUACAAUAUAAAAAUUAAAUUAUAUAUAAAUAAUGAUUACAAAAGCUCAUAUUCUUUGCCCUAUAAAUAAAUAAAACAUGCAAAACUUUCUCUAUAAAGCUGGCCCCUUAAAAAGAAUUCCUUUUUUUUUUGGCUUAAAAAAAUGUCAAUAAAUUUCUCCUUUGGUACUAGUCGAUAUAUUAGGCUGAUUAAAAGUGCCGGCGUUAUUGCCGUAUAAAUGUUAACCCUGCAAUUCAUACAGCUUAUUUGCACUUUUUAAAUUAUUGUCAUCCGGUAGGAUAAUCAAUACGAGAUCCAAAAACACUUAGAAGAACCGUCUGAGGUUUGCUCAGCGUUAUAUAUGGUUCCCCACAUUCAAAGUAAUUAUAUUCAUCGUUGACAGAGUGGAGAUUCUUCUGUUGGGACAACAUAUAACCGUGAUCGGGCUACAACCUUAUUGCACGAACCAUACGUACUCAAUGAAGUUAUAAUCAUUCUUGGAUAUAUUGUAGCUGUCUUGUCGUGCUGAAAUAAUUGCCUUCGGCUUUUGCUUCACUGUUCGGUCAAAAACCUCGCCUGAAUACUUUUAAAGCAAAGCGAAAUUCGGCACGCGGAAAACGAAACACGUGGGAAUUAGGAAAGUUGAUCCGGGUUAAGAAGCUCUCAUUAUGCAGAGUAGGGGAUCUGGGUUGAUUAUUGAACUGAUUAUCAACUACGGUUUUGUUAAGUUUCAGGUGAAAUUACGCUGUACAUAGUGUACUUUCAAAACCCUGAAAUACCGACCGGCUGUGUUAAUUGAUCGCCUCAAAGAACUUAUACCAAAGGCUUCCGAUCCCACUUUUUACCUGAGAUCGCUAGUUUGGCAUGCAACAUUCCCGUUAUCCUCUGCAUCACUUAAUGUCUUUUAAUUUUCUUCCAUUCGCAGCACUUCCUGCUCUGGGUCUUGAACAAUCAGAUUAUGUGAUAUACAACCGUUCCAACAAAGCCAUUUCAACGCAGCUGGAUAAGAUCAUUUUCAGAUUCAAAACAGCCAAACGGAAUGGUCUGCUCUUAGAGUGCGGCAACGGUCGAGACUAUUUUCUCAUCGAACUUUAUCGUGGUUUUAUUUUGUUACGCUGGAAUCUUGGAUUUGGUGAGUUAAACGUGCACGUGCGUGAAAAAGCGUGCGAUGAUAACGAAUGGCAUUCUGUUCGCGUUACAAGGAACCAGAACCAGCUUACUUUGAUUCUUGAUGGAGAUCUAAAGAUCUCACGACGUUUUCCUGGGAAAUUUAUUUCGUUUGACCUAAGACGCGGGGAAGGGGAUAUCUUUAUUGGCGGCAUGCCCACAAGUCAUUUCCUUUCGAGCAGUCGUUCGUCGGGAAUAAACUUUGAAGGCUGUUUGCAAGAGAUCAACUUUAACGGCGUAGAUAUUGUUCAAGGAGUUGUUAAUGGAGAAGAAGUCUACACACGGCAUGGACGGCCAAGAUCGACUUGUGAACGAGACCCGGAGCCAACAACGCUGAAAGUCACCACAGUAGAAUCUACAACAGCUAUAAGUAGCCGUCCCACUUCACAAAAACCAGCAGCAACCACGCAUGUUUCCACCCACGGCGGUUCACGAAUCCCCACGUCACAUGCGGGAAAUUCCGAGAUACCGUGCUCGGAUGACGAAGAUGAUUGUGAUUCCGAUACCUUAGGAUCGGGUGACAGGGCAGAGGUUUCGGGCGAAAAUCGUCAGUCGUCAGGCGAUAACACGAAAGAGACCAAUGUAACUGGCCCAAAUUUAGUAACCAACAACAGCGUCAAAAAGCCUGUUAAAAUUUUGCCAACAAAGACUUCCUCGGUAAAUUCCAAGACUGUUCUCGUCGGAGAACCCGAUGUCAAUACCGGAAUAAAUUGCAUUGAAGACGACGAGGACAUGUGUGACGACGUUGGUGAAUCUGGUCAGGGGUCUGCUAACACGGGCUCUGCCGGAAGUGCGUCACUAACUACUACUCUCGCAGCAGUCCCCACCAGUAGCAAUCACACAAAGGGAGUUGUGCGUGCGAUUGUGAAGAAGGACAGCACUAGAAAAUGGGCGCUGAUCGCGGGCAUCAUUGUGGUUGGUACCCUUCUUGUCGCAUUUUGUAUCUUUGCCAUUUGGUGGCUAUGUAAACACAAGAAAGAUCCAAACCGGAACGGAACGCACAACGGCAGCAGAGAGAGAUGUUUGCAAGCAGAAAUGACAGACGUUUGA